GAGCGUGUGGGGAGCGAGGGGCGGAGCUGGGAAGCCUCUGAGCUACAGCAAGCCGCCCAAUGCAGUAGAAGCUCGCCGAGCGAACGGAAGCCUGUCCAGCACAAUGCAGCACUGAGGCGGCGGAGGCGGCAUUGGCGAGGAGGAGGACGCGCGCCUCUCUCACUCGCAAGGAGAAGGAGACCCCGGGAGCGGGGGGCGCCUUUCCUCUCCCCCUCCAUGCCAGCCGCCGUGUGACCCGCGCUUAUUGCGGGCAGGAGGGGGGAGGAGGAGGAAGGACGCGCCUCCCUCCUUCCCACCCGACCGAGACCCAGCCAUGCAGCCAGCGACUUCUCUGCUCUCCUUGACGCUUUGUGCCUUCGGGAUGCUCUCCGGAGCCGGCUCCAGCCGCGCAGGAGACGCCUUGUUGACAGAGAUGGAGCGAAGGGACGGGGAUCGCUUUAUGGAGAGGCAAAAUAUCGUCCCUUUCCGGCUGAUCUAUAGCACGGACGGUGGCAACGAAACUCAACACGACGUGCUCAACACCCGCAUCGGCGGCGGCGGCGACAGCUUCGGUGGGAAGCAGUCCACUCAUAUUGCCCGAGCCAGCUUCCAAGUUGAUGCCUUUGGAUCUUCUUUCAUCCUGGAUGUAGAGCUAAACCAUGAUCUGCUGUCUUCAGAAUACCUCGAGAGGCACAUUGAACACGGCGGAAAGAUGGUGGAAGUAAAAGGCGGUGAGCAUUGUUAUUACCAAGGUCACAUCCGAGGGAAUUCAGAAUCGUUUGUUGCCCUGUCAACCUGCCAUGGACUUCAUGGCAUGUUCUAUGAUGGAAAUCACACAUAUCUUAUUGAGCCAGAAGACAACUACACUUCGCAAGAGGAAUUCCAUUUACACUCUGUUUACAAAUCCAGAUUAUUUGAAUUUCCUUUGGAUGAUCUUCCAUCUGAGUUCUGGCACAUGAACACCACGUCACAGAAGUUUGUUGUGAAACCGAGACACAAAAGAAGAAAAAGGCAGGUUCAUCAGAGCCCGUAUAAAGUUGAAGAGGAAACUAAAUAUGUUGAGCUAAUGAUCGUAAAUGACCAUCUAAUGCUGAAAAAGCACCGAUUAUCGGUCGGCCACACAAACAGCUUCGCAAAAUCAGUAGUGAACAUGGCAGAUUUAAUUUACAAAGAACAGCUCAACACCAGGAUAGUCUUGGUUGCCAUGGAAACCUGGGGUACUGAUAACAAGUUCACCAUAUCUGAAAACCCACUGGUGACCCUGCGUGAGUUUAUGAAAUAUAGGAGGGAUUUUAUCAAAGAGAAAAGUGAUGCAGUUCACCUUUUUUCGGGGAGUCAGUUUCAGAGCAGUCGCAGCGGGGCAGCCUACAUUGGUGGCAUUUGUUCGCUUCUGAAAGGUGGUGGUGUAAACGAAUUUGGAAAGCCGGAUUUAAUGUCAGUAACGUUGGCACAGUCCUUAGCUCACAACCUUGGCAUUUUCUCAGACAAAAGAAAAUUGCAGAGUGGUGAGUGUAAGUGUGAGGACACAUGGUCUGGCUGCAUAAUGGGAGAUACUGGCUAUUACCUUCCAACCAAGUUCUCCAAAUGCGACGUUGAGGAGUACCACGAAUUUUUAAAUAACGGAGGUGGAGCCUGCCUUUACAACAAGCCUUCCAAGCUUCUCGAUCCUCCAGAAUGUGGCAAUGGCUUUGUUGAAGCUGGAGAAGAAUGUGACUGUGGUACUGCGACCGAAUGUCGUGCUGAAGGUGGAGAUUGCUGUAAUUCCUGUAGUCUAACGGCUAACUCCGAAUGCAGUAAUGGACUUUGUUGUAAAAAAUGUCAGUUUGAAGCCAAGGGAGUUGUAUGCAGAGAAGCUGUGAAUGAUUGUGAUAUUGCAGAGAGUUGCACGGGAGACUCUAAUCAGUGCUCUCCAAACCUGCACAAAAUGGAUGGGUAUUCAUGCGAUAACGAAGAGGGCCUUUGUUUUGGAGGACGAUGUAAAACAAGAGACAGGCAGUGUAAAUAUAUCUGGGGAGAAAAUGUGACGGUCGCUGAUAACUAUUGCUAUGAGAGGUUGAAUAUAGAAGGAACUGAGAAAGGCAACUGUGGCAGAGACAAAGAUACUUGGACACAGUGCAAGAAUGAGGAUGUUCUUUGUGGAUAUCUCCUGUGCUCUAAUAUUGUUUCUAUCACCCCGAGACUUGGGGAACUCGAUGGCGAAAUCACAUCGACUUCUCUUCAAGCUGUGGACAAGUCCUUUGUUUGCAGCGGGGGUCAUGUCAAGCUAGAGGAAGAUGCAGACCUUGGCUAUGUAGAAGAUGGGACACCUUGUGGCCAAGGAAGGAUAUGUUGGGAGCACAGAUGCCUUUCUACAGAAUCCUUUAACUUCAGCUCCUGUCCAGGAAGUACAGAAGGCACCAUCUGUUCAGGGCAUGGAGUGUGCAGUAAUGAAAUACAGUGUAUCUGUGAAGGGCUGUGGACUGGUGCGGACUGUGCCAAACCCAUCAUGAAACCAAGAAAUGAUGACUUUAUGCCCAACCCAGGUGUCACUAGCACAAAUAUUAUUAUAGGUGCUAUCGCUGGUACAAUUUUAGUGUUGGCUCUGAUUAUGGGCAUAACUGCAUGGGGUUACAAAAACUAUCGAAGACAGAGACAAAUCCCUCAGGGAGAUUAUGUAAAAAAGCCUGGUGAGGCCGACUCCUUUUAUAGCGACAUGCCGCCUGGAGUCAGCACAAACUCUGCAUCUAGUUCUAAGAAGAGGUCUGCUUUUCUGUCGCAUUUUCAGAUUUCUACCUGUUCCAUCACACAUUAUUCCAUUAGUCAGAACCUUUCAUUGUUUUGCAGCAGGUCAAACGGAUUAUCUCAUUCAUGGAGUGAAAGAAUCCAAGAUGCAAAGAACCUUUCGGACAUCUGUCAGAAUGGGCGACCCAGGAGUAACUCAUGGCAAGGUAAUAUAGGCGGCAACAGGAAGAAAGUCAAAGGCAAAAGAUUUAGGCCACGGUCUAAUUCCACUGAGUAUUUAAGCCCAUGGUUCAAAACAGAAUAUAAUGUAGCUAAGUGGGUAGAAGAUGUGAAUAAAAACACUGAAGGACCCUACUUUAGGACCCUUUCCCCUGCAAAGUCCCCUUCGUCAUCUACUGGCUCCAUUGCCUCCAGCAGAAAAUACCCAUACCCAAUGCCUCCACUUCCUGAUGAGGAGAAAAAGGCCAACAGAGCAAGUGCCAGGCUAUGGGAGACUUCCAUUUAGUUCCACUGUCUACCUGAGCUGAUACCAGAACUGUUUACUUCAGAUUUUAUACAAACUCAGCAUUGCUGAGUCGCUGAACAUUCAUCUGCUAAGUGGACAAUUUGAAGGGCAGAGAUGCUGACCAGCAUGGAGCGAACAAGUUCCCUGAAGAAGGAAAAGGCAAUUUUCUGCAGCAGAUUAGGAUUUUAAUUACAAGUAAAGAGCAACCAAACCAUAUACAUACCACAUUUACCUGGGAUACAUGGAACUGAAAAUAUAAAAGAGUAUUCCGCAUGAUGACAGAUAAUAUGUAGAUGCGCAAAUGAAACUAAUUGGGAGUCUCAAAUGUGGGUUUUUCUCUGGUCUAACAUAAUCCCAAAUAACUUUAAACAAACAAACAAAAACAAAAAGAAUUCAGAAUUUGAUAUGUAAACAUUUAUGCUGUGUGCAUGAAUUCCUCCGUUCACCACCUUCCAUGUGUAAGGGACUAGUCAUUAUACUUUAGUAAAACUAGCAUGCAGAAGUAAGAAAUGUUUUUUCCGCAAGUGGGAUCUGAAGAGGCAAACAUUAUGACAUAAGCAGCCAACAACAAAAAAACAUUGCUUUUUAAAUUUUUAUUACUUUUUGUGAUUAUAUUCUAAGUAGAAACUCAUACGUGUGUAAAAAGUUGUAAAAUACCAACAAUGCAAUUAUAUAAUGUGGGGUUUUCUUGUUUUGCCUGAAGAACACUCACGAGUGAACAUUACAUGUCAAAGAAUCUUAAGGGCCAAAGUAGGAGUGGCAUGGAAGGAGGACCAUAGGUCAAUGGAAGAGCACAUGGUUUGCAUGAAAAAGGUUCCAGGUUCAAUCAGAAUCGUCUCCAAGCAGGACUGGAAAAGUCGUCCUUGGAAAAUGGCUUUCAGUCAUCGUAGACAACACUGAGCUAGAUGGACCAGGGGUCUGACUCAAAAUAAGACAGCUUCCAAUAUAUAUAUAUUAAAUCUAAUAGCAGCUGCAAGGGGGAGGGAUGGUUCUGUAGUGUUGGGGAAGGAUUUUUCAGUCUUUUCCCCAACUGUGCUGUUUCCCCCUCAAAAACCGCCCCUCUGUAGCUGCUAUGCCAAAGCUCAGGUGCUAACCUGAAGGGUCUAGAACGCCUUCCUGGAGCCACAGAAAAUAGUGGUUCACUGCAAGACAUGUUAUUCUCCUUCCCAAUGAAAUCAAUGGGACUUUAACAGAGCACUUACAAAAAACAAUGGUGACACAAUCAGGGACCACAACAGUGAAUGUGAUGGUGGUCAGAAUGGCACAUUUGCUGUAUAUAUUACAUUUUUUUCUGAAGUUCAGCUAUCGAGAACUCCUAAGUUAUUUGGCUUCACCAAUUUAUCCUAUGUGCUGAUAUAAUACUAUGUAAAUAAUGCACUUCUUGGCCAAAUAAGAGCCAUUAACUGAACGCUUUGAUUAAGUUCCCAUCGGCCAUUCAUCUACAUGGAGUUGCAUAAUACAUGUAUGGAGGAAUCUCUGUUCCUACACUGUGCACUAUGCACUAUCGGUAUGCUAUGUUGUUAUUGGCUAUAUACAUUCAUCGAUGUUCCUGAACUGAGUUCAUUAUGAAAGAUUUUGCAAAGUUGUGUGGUUUUUUUUUUAAUAAAAAAUCAAAUAUAGGGAAUCUUGUGAAGGUUACACAAUAUUGCCAGUAUAGAUUCUUAUAUAGGAGCCGUUAUCCUGAUUUACUAAGCACAGGGAUGGGGAAUAAAUUUGUGGCCCUCCAGAUGUUGGGACUCCAAUUCUCUUCAGCCUCUGCCAGCAUGGCUAAUCACCCGGAAUGAUGGGAAUUGUAGUCUAGCAAUAUCUGGAAGGACACAGGUUCCCCAUUCUGUGAUGUAACAUUGCAGGUGAUAAGAUGGUCAUACGUAAAAAGGAAAGGGAGAGGAAUCUUCAAAGGCAUUUGCAAAAUAAUGUUUUUUGUGUAUUUUUUUUAAAUUAACAAUAUGUUCCAGUCAGUGUGUUCCCGUACUCUUAAUUGCAUUCCAAAAUAACUGUGAGGUAAAAUGAUAAAAAUGAAUAAGCACCUUAUUAUAGGUCUGUGGUGUGUAUUGUAGCUCUCAAGGUAUGUAUUAGGCAAGAUUUUAUAUAUGAUGCUUUGUUAGUAUCAGAAGUUGCAACAUAUACAUGUUGGGACCAGAGAUGUUUAAUUCUGAUCCUUUUUCCCCAGUGAUUCCAACAUGCUUUUUCCCUAGCAGCAACUAGAGAAGAGAUUUUCGGAAAACACUGCCUCGCAAAACCCAGAAUAAAGUGAUACCCACAUGCAUGGCAAGGAAUUAAUGGGCUGUUGAGAAAUCUCUAUUUAAAGCAUUCUUUGGCAAGGGCAUCAACUGAUCUUUUGACAGUAUUUGAAUGGAAACAGCUUCUAAAUUUCAUACUUAUUUCACACAAUUCUUUGGUACAUAUGUUGCCAUGUGUGGCCUUCCUUCAUUUAACUCAGGUAUAGAGCACCUAUGAACCCUCCAGAUGUUGUUGGACUCUCAAUUCCAUCAGCCCCACUGAGCCUAGUCGCUGGUUGGGUUCAUGGGACCUGUAGCCCAACAUCUGGAGAGCCACAGGUUCACCUGUCCCUGAUGUAACUGGACUUAUUUUAAGAAAUUCCACUUAGUUGAAAAUGUUGGUUCCAUGCGAAUAUAAAGUACAUUUAAGAAUGUCUCCAAUUGUAAAAUAUGUAAGACUUUUAAAGUGUUAUAUUUAUAAGACUCUGCCAGUUAUAUUUAUACAACACUGGCCUUGCAGUCAUAAAUAAUCCCUAUAAGAAGCAUAAAGUUGGGUAAGUAUUUUGAUUUGUAAUAAAUAGGAAAGGAAAGUUAAAAGAGAGAGAGAGCAAAUUCCCACCUGAGAAAAUGUCUAAAGGAUUGUACAGUAUAUGUAAAAGUAUAAUUUUGGAAAUAUAUAAUGUCAGCCAGAGACUGGAGGGUGAAAGCUAAGUUAACAUCUUGUGCCAUUAGACUUGGGGAAACUUGAUUGAAAACCUGGCUGCCUUUCCCUUGGUUUCAAUGGAUUUUGAAGCAACUUCUGGAACACAACCUACCCUCAGGUUAAAGGAAGGUUAAAAUAAAAAGGCCACCUCCAUAUUAAUUAUAGAGAAUACACACACACACACACACAGCUUUUUGAUCCCCAGUAUCUGAAACAUUUAGAUGUAUAUCAUGUGCCUUUUUGGAUAUUUUUCUGUUUUGGUACAAACCUAAGCAUCAUUUUAAAAAGACUGAUUAAGUUGUUUUUUUUAAAAAAAAUCCUCCUCCACCUUUUAUUUUCAGGUUAUUAGGAAGAGUGAAGUUUUGUUUUUUUGCCAGACAGAGCUGAAUGUAAUGUAGUGUUAGUUGAGACAACUUCAGAACAUUCAUUGAGAAUACACCCUUGUCUGCAGUUAAUGGCAUACACUGUUACCUACCAUUGUUUUGACCAUUACUAAUAUUUGUAAAUAUUCACCCAUUCAGUAAUCUUAAUGUAAAGUUAAAAUAUAAUUUUAAUAAAUCUUGGCUUUUACUUCCAUGGUCUAGUGCAGGAUUUCUCAGCUCACAAAACUGGAUUGCCUUGGUGUGUGAAAGGGUCAUGAAUGCUGGUUAGUAGGAAAUGAUGACUUAAGAAGGUUAACUAAUGGGUUUUGAGUCCUGAAAGACAGAAGAGGUAAGAUUCUGAGAGAGGUGCUGCUUCUAGCUAUCCCCACACUUUUGAUCCAUAUGGACAGGUCCAGGGCAUCUGUUUGUUUUAUUUUAAGCCAUAUGUAUAUAAAGACUACUUCUGGAGAUGCCUCUGCUGAACUGUGUUCACAGGCAGAGGCAAUGGAAGGUUCCCCACAAUAUUUAUUUCUUCUCAGGAUAAAUGAGCAUGUCUCCUUUUUGUGGAGAUUUCCAGUAAAAGGUAUCUUAGUAAGAUGUGAUUGAAAUGGAUGUCAACUCUGCAGCCUUGUUCCUAUGAGCCGCUGUGCCAGCAAAGAAAAUAGAAAGGCAGAAGGCAAUAAAUUUGUGAUCCUCCAGGUGUUGAGCUCCAACUCACAUCUGCCCCAGGUAGCAUAACCAGUAUUCAGGGAUGAUAGGAGCUGUAGUCCAAUAACAUUGGGAGGACCUCAGGUUCUCUGGCUCUGGAAUAAGGACUGUGGUGUUUGUGAGCUUCCCUAGGAUACUGUCGCAGCAACAAGCCAUGAACAGUAGCUAGGGGCACCGUCAAAGCUUAUUUGCUGCUAUUUACUGUAGGUGUUGCAGUGCCACAGAGAAGCCACCCCAAACUCUUGUGAGACUUCACUAAGCAUGUGGCUAAGUCUCAUGAGAGACUUGGAGGGGUGACUAAGGAGUCUUUGUAGCUGGUCCAGCCUCAUUCUGUGGACAGCCAUUGCUUGGUCUGGUACUCCCAAUGCCAGUGGCCACAGAGUUCCUUGUACGGCUGUUCAGGGGCCACAACUUGCUUCCUCUUUUGUUUGAAGCGUGGUGGUGGCUGCUGCACCUCAAACAAAAGAGAAAGGAACCCAAAGUGAUGCUCCACGACUCGGCAGCACAAGGGUGGCAUGGAACAUGCAUUUGGCCACCCCUGUCAAUCUACUGCCUGAGACAAGUUGCUCAAUGUGGCUCAUGAUAGGAAUAACAAUAGUUUGCAAAGCCUUUACGCAGCAAUGAAAUGGGCAAAAUGAAGGCAAUGGAUGGGGGGUGAUUUAAGAAAUCAGUAAUAUCUGUCAGGAACCACAAAUGGUAGUAUGCAAAGCUUUUAUAUAGGAAGGAAAUGGGCAGCUAAAAGGCAAAGAAUGGGAGUGGACCUGGUAGGCCUCAGAACAGACUCUUCCUAUAGUUUGCAGCUGUAAUUAGUUCAGCACAAGUCACCUGACCUGUCACAGCUGCAUUUGAUUGGCAACUGAAUUACCAAGCCUGAAAUCAGGCCCAGGCCAACCCAACUUGGGUUUUUUAAAAAGUGUGUUUCUUCUGUAAACAUGCAGCAAGGCAACAGCAGUAUGAAGGUAAGUGAGAAUAAAUUUCAUUCCAGAGUGUUGCUGAAAUGUUAGUCCACACCUGAUGGCUUAGGGUUUAUUUUAGGUAUGUGAAAAUAAGUGGUGGAGUCUAACACUUUGUUGAGUUGUCUGAAUCUGGCAUCAUAAGGUAGUGAGUGAAAACAUUAGAAGUAGCUAUAGUUUGCGAACUUGAAAUGGCUACUUUUUGUCUGUUGUGUAAAAAUCCACUUCUGUUGGUGGGUUCACAGGAAUUAAUGUAAGGAAUCCAUGACAGUUUUGUGGUGUUUUUGGGGGAGUGGGGGUGAGGGAACAAUCACUAUUUCCCCUUUCCUACCAUGAUUACACUGCUGAUCAUUCAUUUUCACUCAAAUGUCUUCAUUUUCAAGUAAGAUUAUCUGGUGUGUGUGGAGGAAGAGGCGAGGGAGUUCAUUGCUUAAUUUGGAGUCUGAAAGCUUUCCUUAAACACAAAUAAGUUCUGAAGAAAUUAGUUUGGUCUAUUCAACAUGGCUUCCAAUAUUUUCAGUAUUGUGUGCUUCUUGAGGGUUAUAGCUAAUUUUAUUUUAUUUCUUGCAUUUGGAUUAAUGUUUUAUAAUGAGCUUUGAGCUCUGGCACAAAAUGAAAUAAUGACAACAUGCCUUUUCAUCCCACUCAGCUCCAACUGAGUUUAAAAGAGCUCAUCUCGUGUCCAGGGGAACAUAAAAACUGCUUUUUAAUAGCAUCAGAGCUUGAAAUAGCCAGAUGUGCAAAUGUGAAACAGUCUACAGAGCAGCUUUUAAGCAGGAUCUAUAGUGGCAUUUGGGACAGUGUUCCAUGUUACUCUACUAAAAAUUUGACUCCUCUUGCUGCAAUCUUUGACAGUUCCAUGGUUGUCCUUCAGAGAAAUGUUUAAUGAGUUGUUGUUCUGUGUGUAAUAAUACCACUACAGCACCUAUUCAUGUGAUGCCUCUUUGUGAAAGAUAAGCCAUGCAUCUCCAGCUGUGCUGAGAGCGGUUUUAUAGGGCUGUAUGUAUGUUUGACCUGCAGAGAAACCAUGUAAGCACUGUAAUUCCUCACUUCAGGGGAACAUGUGGCCUUCCUGUUGUUGUUGGAUUCCCAGCUCCUACCAGCCCCAAACAGCAUGACAGAGAUGAUGGAGGCUGCAGUCCCAGCAAAAUUUAGAGAACCGUGUCUUCCCCCAUCCCCCCCUUACAUGCAGGCGUACAGUAUGGAAAAGAUGUUUCAGUUCCACAGGAGACUUCUGGAGCCUGUGGCUCUUCAGGUGUUGCUGGACUUCAACUCCUAUCAUCCUCAGUCAGAAUGGUCAGGAAUGCUGGAAGCUGCAGUUCAACAUCAUAAGAAGGGCCACAGGUUCCCCAACCUUGUAGAGAAAUUGUGUCAGAAGCAACUCUGGUAGAUGCCUCCAUGUUACAACCUCUACAGAACCCCCCGAGACCCCCGGGUAUAGGGCAGUAUAUAAAUUCAAUAAACAACAAUAAUACAGAGCAAGUCUAUGUAUGCUCACUUAGAAGUACUUGGCCAACUCCCAGGUGAGUAGAGGCAUGCUACCUUAGACUGCCAAUGUAAACACAGCAAUAGUACCAUGCUUGGUGCCAUUUUCAAGACCAACUGGAGAGCUAAAAUCCAAGGAAAGGGUCAACCAGUGCUUUUCAGCUGGGCCACAGCAACCAGCCUAUGUUUUAAAAAAAACAACUUAAACUCAGAACAUAGUAAUAGCAUUUUCUUAACUUUGAAAACAAGAAAUAUUUUACAACAAUUUUUCUUCUAACAUAUAUAGGUAUAUUUUAGUUGCAGUAUGAUUUAUUAAUAAAGUAGUAUUAUGGGUGGAAUCCAACUUAGUUCUAUUUAAAGUAGACUCAGUGAAUGUAAUGGUUCUUAAGACAUGCACAUUAAUUUCCAAUGGGUUUACUCUGAAUAGGACUAACAUUGGAUACAACUGGGUUUUUGUGUGUGGAAGUUACUAGGGAUAGGCAACGCAGCUUAAAAACAAAGCAAAAACCCACACGCUAGAGGCUUGAUCUUCUAACAGAAAUAGCUGUGCUAACUGCUGUAGCUACAGGAAAUUUAGAACCAUGGAAAAAUGAAAGUGGAAUAAACCAACUGGAAUAAGCUGAUAAGGGAUGGUGCAAUGGUAGGAUACACCAUGUCAGUUUGACAAUCAGGGUGGUAGAAGAUGGCACAGUCUGAAUCCUGCCAAUAGACUUGAGCAGAGCAAUUCAGUGAGGGGAUGGAGAGAAUCUCUGGCAGUAAAGCCACCAUUUUCUGAACCCUACUGGUUUUACACCAGCUAGGCAGAAGCUGGAGGAAAAGAAGCACACUGACUCCUGGGCAAAUGGGAAAUCUACUCUGAUAUGCUCUCCUUUUGUCCUCUCCUCUGGAGCAGUGACAACAGCGAGGCAAUGGCAGAGGUCCUUUCCAUGGUGGCUGGGAUUCCAAGGGCAUACCUGCCUCUCUACCCAUAAAGAGAGAGGAUCCUACAGCCUUCUCAGAUUCCCUCCCAGGAACCGCAAGGUUGUCUACCGAUUCUCCUUUGAGAUGCAUGCAAACAAAAGACAAAAUCCUGCCUGUUUUACAGUGGACACAAUUAUUAUUUUUUAAGCCUGAGAGGCCUUAAGACCUUACAUAUUCAAUUUUUGCAAAGUAUAUUUUUACAACCAGUUUAGAAGCACUUGCUUAACUGCCCUUUGAAUAUAGUGGUGCUAGUUGUUAACUAUAAAAUAUACAGUAGCAAGUCUGUAAAUACAAAGAUACGAAGUAUAUUGGUCUAAUAAUUCCUGCUGAUUGCCUGUGUUGAGAAUCUGUGUAGUAUUCGCUAGGGCACACAGUGUGGUGCAUAUUAAACUGUAAACCUUUGCACAAUCUUUGAGCAACAAGAUACCACUGUAUUAUUUACGUACUAGCCACAAUCCGAGCGUAAUGUAAAUAUGCUUUUAGUGCCAUUAAUUAUCCGUGGAAUUUAAACACACACACACCCUUAACUUUGGGUGGCCAAUUUUUAUUAGAAUUAUUGCAAUGUUUUUCAAGUAGCAGUUAUUAUUUGUGACAUCUUAAAUCUACUGCUGCAAAUGUUUUCUAUUACAAUGUCUUUGUUGUACUAUAUAUCCAAUGGCUGAUUUUUUUUGCAGUAGCGUGUUUGUCUUGUGGAUAUGGUAAAAACAAGCACUGUAUUCACUAUUGGAGGCUGAACCAUAUGGCAUUUUGUAAUUGUUUUACUGUUUGGAACUGUCUCAAUCCUUCUCCUGCUGAAAUUUUGACAAAUGAUAAUGCAGAACCUUAAUAACUACAGCUUUGAAUGCAACUUAACUUACAUAAGCAUCAAAAUUCAUGAAGCUAGCACACACUUUUUCCAUAGUAACAUUACUAUGAGCAUAUUUAAGACAAAAUGACUAAUUUCUACCUUUACUCAUGUAUUAUAACAUUCAGUAAAUAUGACUCAGUUUAAUAUGA